AUUAAUCUAUCUCGGUGGAAGGAAGGAUCUCUCAAGGCAGGGGAGUAUCUCGGGGAUCCUUAGCCGCUUGCAUUUAGUGUAGACGGUUGAUCCUUGAGGCUUAAUAUUGCCAACAAGUUUGAUCGCCGUCUCCUUUCUUGAUCCUUUUAUGAGUUUCAAGGCAUUUAUGGUAGUGGAUUCUAUGGUUCCUGAAGCGCUUUUUAUCCUUUCUUUAUCCAUGAUGACCUAGUAGCCUCCCUUCAGAUUAUGGUUUCAAGCGGUGACUGCCGCGACAACAUUGCUCUAGAGAGUCUCUGCCAUCUACAACCUAGGAUUUCAUUGCUUUAAUCUGCUCCGUGGGGACCGUGGCCAUCUAAUUCGUUAUCUCUAUUUAAACUAUUUUUAGUCACUUUUAUUUUUGUCAUAUCUAAAUAUAAACUUCUCCCCUUGCUUUAAUCUGCUCCGUGGCCUUUGAUUCCAUUUUUAGAUUUUACUGAAAUUAGUAACUUGUUUAUUUCCAUUAUAAAGUUGUUCUUUUUAAUGUAUUGGGCGACAUCCUUCUCCUUCCAGUUGAAGGAGACUGAGACUACUGCAUUUCCUUUCUCCUUUUGAUUCUCAAUAAAUGCAUUCAAUGACACAUCAUUGAUAGUCGCGUGCUCUGGCGAUUUUAAUAAAUAUCUUUCGAGUCGACGCUGAUUUCUCAGCUCGCGCGUUGGAGUGUCGUUGUUUUCAACUCUGUUAAUUUCGUAUUGGGAUCUUAAUUGAUCUGCUUCGGCUAUAAUCUCUCUUCUAUAUUCCAGCUAGGUGAAGGAAUAUUUGAUUCAUUAUAAAUUUGUUCGUCUUCGACUUUCCAAACGAGAGCAACAUAGCUGCGAAGAUGAAUAUUAUAGCAGUAACCAUACUGGCGAUUUUGCUAAAUUGCGGCUCGUUCUGCAUUUGCGCGCCGCCGCAGCGGCUUUUGGUGAAAAUGACCAUGGUUACCAAUGCGCCGGCUCUCGGAGCCUUUUGUUUGGAUGGAAGUUUGCCUGCGUAUCAUCUGCACAGAGGAUUCGGCGCUGGAGCAAGCAACUGGAUUUUGCAGUUUGAGGGAGGUGGAUGGUGCAAUGAUUUGAAAUCAUGUUUGGAGAGAGCCAAUACACGCCGUGGAUCUACAAAGUACAUGAACAAGCUGGCGACCUUCUCAGGAAUACUAAGCAACGACACCAAGCUAAAUCCAGAUUUUUACAAUUGGAACCGUGUAAAGCUUAGAUAUUGUGAUGGAGCAUCAUUUGGGGGAGAUGCCAUGUUUAAAGACGGGUCGUCAGUCCUUUAUUUCAGGGGGCAAAAGAUUUGGGAAGCAAUUAUUCAAGACCUUCUCCCUAAAGGGUUGGGGCAGGCGCGUCAGGCUUUACUUUCAGGUUGCUCUGCUGGGGGUUUAUCAUCAUUUCUCCAUUGCGACGACUUAGCUAAGGUGUUACCGAAUGCCGGUGUGAAGUGCUUGAGUGAUGCAGGAUUUUUUCUGGACGAAAAAGACGUCAGCUUGAAGUACGCUAUGAGGUCCUUCUACGCAAAACUUGUUGCUCUGCAGGGAGUUGAAAAGAAUCUCAAUAAAAAAUGCACCAAUUCCUUUAGCAAAAAUCCAGAACUGUGCAUUUUUCCACAGCAUGCGUUGAAGUUCAUAACACCACCAUUCUUCAUCUUGAAUGCAGCUUAUGAUGUGUUCCAAAUCAACCAUAUAUUGGUGCCUCCUUCUGCUGACAUGCGUGGACUAUGGAAACGUUGUAAGAAUAACACAGCACAAUGUAACGAAAAACAGAUAGACACAUUGCAAGGUUUCAGGCAAAAUAUGCUGGCAGCCUUGGGAUCUUUCUCCAAGAACUUCAAUCAGUGGGGAAUGUAUAUAAAUUCAUGCUUUGCUCAUUGUCAAAGUGAAUCCCAGGACACAUGGUUAGCAGUCGACUCUCCUCGGAUACAUGACGUGACCAUUGCAAAAGCUGUUGGGGAUUGGUAUUUUAACAGAAAUGGUACCAACGAGAUUGAUUGUCCGUUUCCUUGUGACAAUACCUGCCAUAACCUCAUAACAACAGCUCCGGUUCCAUAGAUGGACUCAAAAUUUACUUGAAAAAGAUGUAUAUGUGGUCUCUUUUUCAAGUUCCCCUCUUUCAUGGUGUUCUAAAGAUAAUAGUACGCAGAAAAGGGAAAUAAUAAAGCAAGAGAUACUAAAAGGAAGUGCAGAUAACUAUUUAUGUAUAUUUAAAGGAAAUUUUUUGGCAGAAGAAAUUGUAAAUGAAUCAAAAAUUUCAGAUUCAUAGAGUUUUAAAAGUUUAACAAAUUUGGAGUUGAAGUAGAGAUGAAAAGUCGAAUUUUUGUAUUAUCGUGAACAAUAAAAGAGUUUAUGUACCUACUUA